AUGCCCACAUCCAUGCCAAUGAUUCAAGAAAUAUGUAGAGAAUUUGUACUAAAUUUUAAGAGGCGUGAAAUCAAAAUAAAAUCAACCAAAUUAAUACAUGAUGGAGCUUGGAAAGAAUCAAAAGAAGAUAUCAAAUACGUGGUCAAAGAAAUUCUUAAUAUUUUGAAAGAUAUUUGGAAUAACUCAGCAUUUGAUCCUGAACUCACAAAGACAUUAAAUGAGGGGACAUACCAAUCAACUGUCAUUAUACCUGUUAUUCGAGCUUCAUUGAAAAAUCUCCCCAUCAGAGACACUUUUUUUAUUAGCAUAUCGGAAAAGCAAAGUAUUGCAAGUGCUAAUAGAAAGGGAGAAGGUUACAUGAGAAGAUAUCCAGAUAUUAUGCUUGUAGUGAAAUACUUGGAGAUGGUUUUUGAACUCAUGUACGUAGAAUGUUCUCAUUUAAUUUCUAGUUUACAAAAAAAGACCAACGAUGAGAUUAAGUUAUGGCGAGAAACUAAUAACGGACUAUAUUAG